CUCAGAUCGAUUCUAUAAAGGUCUUGAGGCCGUGAAGAUUGAAUCACCAAGGCCGCCUCUUCCACUGUGGUGAUCCUCAACUUCCCCCUUCAUUUCUCACGAAUCUUAUUCCUUCUCCAACGACAAGCCUCAACUGAAAAUGGGCGGUGGCACUUCAAUUUGGGCGUCCCCUGAGGCGAGGAAUGAUCCCCGUGAAAUUUUCAACGGGCGCCUUGCUUAUCUCGCGACCACCAUUGCCUUUGCAGGAUGUUCCUAUGGUUUCGAUCAGGGAAACAUUGGCGGCGUCCUUACACUCCCUACUUUCAAGCGUGCCUUCGGACUUGAUAGAUUGAUUCGUCAACCUCUUUUCAAGAAUUUCCAGUCUCAAAAUACUGAUCAAUUUGCUAUAGUGGCUGCCGGAGGUGCCGCAGGUGCCCUCAUUUCUGCCCCCUUCGCCGAUUUUCUGGGCCGAAAGUGGGCCAUGAUGCUUUACGGCGCGAUUUACCUCCUUGGAUGUGCCUUUCAAGAGGUUCCCCAUCUUCAAUUAUUCUACGCUGGCCGAUUUCUCGCAGGAGUUGCAAUCGGCUCUAUGUCUGCUGGUGCACCGCAAUUCUUGUCUGAGAACUCCCCCAAGUCUAUUCGUGGUUCCAUGACAUGUCUCUACAACUUGAUGAUCAUUACCGCGCUUUCUCUCGCCUUUUGGGUCAACUACGCCGUGUCGAGGUGGAAGAAUAUCCAACUGAUUCCCGGUGCUGCCAUGUUCUUCAUGCUUCCUUUCGUUGUCGAGACUCCCCGUGCCCUCAUUGCCAGAGGCAAGCGUGAACAGGGACUCAUCAACAUGAUGAAGCUCCGCGGGCUUCCAGAAGAUCACCCUUACCUGCAACAAGAGUACAUGGAAGUCUGCGCCCAAGUCGAUGCCGAACAGGAAGCAUCAGCUGGUCGUAACUACUGGAUCGUCGUCAAAGAUAUUGCUCUCAUCCCGAGUAAUAGGCGCCGAUUUUUCUUGGCUGUCAUGCUCUUCCUAUUCCAUAAGUUUACCGGAACUGAUUCACUCAACUACUUUGCUCCUGAGAUCUUUGAAAUGAUCGGUGUAAAGGGCGGAUCUCAGGCACUUCUUACGACGGGAGUUUAUGGUGUUGUCAAGCUCGCUACUACCAUCAUCUACGUCGCAUUCAUUGUCGAUCGAGUAGGACGUCGUCUUCCGCUUAUGAUCGGUGCCACGAUGCAGGCUACAGCUAUGCUUUACAUCGCCCUCUACGUCCGAUUUGCGAACCCUGAUGCUGGCGGUGGAACCGAGGCCGGAGGAAUUGUUGGCAUCAUCUUCAUCUACAUCUAUGCCUUCGGUUGGUCAUUUGGACACUCUGUAGCAUGCUACGUUGUAGCAGCCGAGAUCUUCCCAUCUAGGAUUCGUUCGUUCUGUAUGAGCUGCUGCUUCUUUGUCAACUGGAUCGUCGAUUUCGGAAUCACGAAGGCCACCCCGUUGAUGAUGACACACAUGGGUUGGGGAACCUUCCUUCUCUAUGCCUGCCUUACCUACUCAGGCGUCGUGUUCAUUUUCUUCUGUCUACCAGAACUCAAAGGCCGAUCUAUCGAGUCUAUGGACGAUCUGUUUCAAAACUCGAUCUGGUCUAUGUGGAAACGGGCGUAUCCCACCGAGGACGAGAAAUGUGUCCAUAUUCGCAUUCCUAUUUUCUUCAUAACACUUUUUUUUUCAAUUGAUUACCACUAUUCAAUCAUGGCCUUGAACGAAAAGACAUUCGAGCUGAAUACGGGUGCCAAAAUCCCCGCAGUAGGAUUCGGAACAUGGCAAGCUGCACCAGGAGAGGCUGGGAGAGCUGUACAGACUGCGAUUAAAUCAGGAUAUCGGCAUUUGGACUGCGCUCCAUUAUACUGGAACGAGCAGGAAAUUGGUCAAUCCCUCACCGAAGUCUUGAAAGAAACCUCUAUACCACGUUCGGAUCUUUUCAUCACAACAAAGCUCUGGUCAUCGCAGCAUUCGCAGGUCGAGACUGCGAUUCGGAAAUCUUUGACAGACCUCCAAUUGGACUAUGUUGAUUUAUACCUUAUGCAUUGGCCAGUGUCACUGCCACCGAACGAUUCUUCGGCAGCGAACUUUGGGAAAGAAGACAGAACCGCGCAUGCACAAGAUUGGGACUUUACCAAGACAUGGGCUCAGAUGGAGAAGCUCCUCGAUCUAGGCCUGGCACGAGCAAUCGGUGUUGCCAAUUUCUCGACCGUCAAUUUGGAAAAGCUGCUCAAGGUGGCUAAAAUUGCCCCAGCAGUCAACCAGACAGAGCUCCAUCCCUUGCUGCCGCAAGACAAGCUUAAUCAGUUGUGCAGAAAGCAUGGGAUCCAUCAAACAGCUUUUGGGCCCCUUGGUGGGAAAGGCUCAACACUUCAUACGCACCCAGUUGUUUUGAAGAUCGCCGAGGCGAAAAAGGGCACGUCUGCGCAAGUCUUGCUGUCCUGGGGUGUGAGCCGUGGAUGGAGUGUCAUUCCGAAAAGUGUCACAGAAGAAAGAAUCAAGGCAAAUCUACAGAUUUUCAGCUUAGACGAUGAAGAGGUACAGGCGCUGGAUCAACUUGCGAAGACUGAAGGAAGAAGGUUUAAUAGGCCGAAUUGGGGUACUACAAUCUUUCACGAUGAUGACGAAACUGUAGCAUAAUGUACCUGAAGCAAUAAAUAAAUGAUCCACCCAAACCAACCUGCAGUGAGCAUAGCUACAUAGCUACAUUUUUGGAGUGGUUUUAUCGUGAAAGGCGAUCGGAUAAUGGCCGUGGAUGCGCAACAGUGAUGAACGACACAAUUGUUGUAAAAAUGAAUCUCAACAGGAGUCCUCAAAUUCCCGAGCUCGAGAACACGCUACCUCGUACGGUAUCGGGGUGUCUGCGCUAAGUCACAUGGCCACCUAAUUUCUUUUCCC